CCGUCCCGUCGCGAGCCGGCGAGGAACUGCUUACACUUGGGUACAGCCUACGAACCCCACCAUAUCUUGGGACUGGAGAGGGACGCAUGUGUACUGGCGAACUGCAGAGCAUGCACACCCACAAACCCUCUCCCGACGAUCCGCCCAAGGACUCGGAGGACGACGACGUUCCCGGCGACAAGAAGAUGUUGGACCCGGACUUCCUCUACGGACAGACCCGGCACUCGAUCAUGACCAUCCUUGUCUCAUCCGCGCUGGUCGUCAUCAUCGUCACAUACCUCGUGCAGCGCCCCCCUACGAAGCUGCGCCGAGUCGUGCUGUCGUACAUGAAGAACCACCCGUGCCAGUGGGUGAUGCAUUCACGCGUCGGCGAGGGCGUGCUCCUGCGAUGGGCCCGUGAGGACUUGAUCUUCGAUGCGGGAGAGGAGGACACCAUGGUCAAUGGCCCGGUGGGUCCGCACUCCGCGUUAGGCUUGGACGAAGGCAUUCCUCUUAAGCCGUCGCCACGUCGGCCGAAUGCGUACAACUACGGCAGUGCGUAGUGCUCAAUGAUGCCCCAUCCUCUUACCACCCUCAUCCCUUAUGUUGACGACCCUUGGACGCCUGCUGUAUUGGAAUGACUUGCUCGUAGACUGUUGCUGUGCCAUUAGCCGUC